AUGAUUUUUGUUUAUAGUCUAAUAGCUGAUUUUGCUGAUUGCAUAAAGGAAAGUGAUAUUCCUGAUAGUGACUGUAUUAAGAAUUAACUUUUUUAUAGAAGCUAACUUGAAAAAGAACUGAGAAGAUUUCCAUCUGUGGGGUUAUACGAAGGAGAAACUAAAGAAGAUUGGGAUAAAUUCGUUUAAUAUCUUGAAACUGUAUAUAAUGAUAUUGAUGGUGAAAGAAGAGAAGUUAUUGAUAAAGUUAAAAUAGAGUUAAAUAAGCGUAAAUAGUACUUUGAUGAUUUACUUUCAGAUAUUGGAUUAAAUUCGGAUUCUUCUAUCAGAAGAAUAAAUAAUAGACUUUCAAAUUAUAUAUGUUGUCCAGAAUAUAAGCAGUAUAUAGAUUUAGAAGCAAAUUAUCAAAAAGCACUUACGCUUAUGAACUAAUACUAACUUCCGGAUUCAGAUAUUAGAUAAAAGAUUUUAGUUGGAUUACGAAAGAAAUAUUCAGAAGACGUGUGUUAAGACAAACUAAAAGAAGUUAUAGAUAAAAACUAGAAGGUAGUAUAAAAUGGAAAAUAGUAAUUAGAUGAUCUUUUAUUAUAGCUAUAAGCUAACGAUAAGUACUAAAGGUACUAGUUGAUGUUACAAGAGUUAAAAGCAUAUAGAGAAGAAUGGAAAAAAGUUGAUAGUAAUAUUGGCAAAGAAAAUAUUUCAAGAGGGAAAAGUUUUGAAGAUAAAUGUUUAAAAGAAGGAGUUGAUUUAAUCCUAAGGUAAUUAAAGUUAAAAAAAAGAAAUGUAAAAGUUCUAACUAACUUGUAAUGGGCAGAGUGUCCUGGAGAAAUAGAUAUUGCAAUAUUUGAUAAGUAUUAAACUAAAGUGUUAUGUCUGGCAGAAUGUAAAUCUAGAUUAUUUGAUUUAGUCUCUGGUUAUAAGUAGAGUGGCCCUGACAGAUCUCCUGAAAAACAAAGUAUAAAAUUAUUCUAAAAAAAUAUACCAGUUCCAAGGGAUGUACCUUGCUAUGUCCUAACUUGUCUUCCUCCAAAUGAUUACUUUUUAGGAAUAGAAUCAAAAGUAAAGUUGGAUCUAAAUAAAUAUACUCUAGAAAGCGAUUUUGCUGACAUAAACUUUGAUGAGGUCUAUAACACUUUAAGACCCAAAUACGAAAAAUAGUAAUCACCAAUAAAGUGGUUUGAAAAAUAUUCAGAGACAAACUUGAUUGUUUUGAAUUGA